AUGGAGAUUGAGUUGACGUGUCCCGUUUGCUUGGAUCUUUUUCAAAGACCGAUUGUUCUUCCAUGCUCGCAUAAUCUCUGUACACCAUGCGCGCGGAAAAUCUUGGAACCGAAUGGUGCACCGAAGGCAUGGGCAAAGUGGGUGAAGGAAAACAGAAGCGCAGACUACAAGUCGCACUUGGAACCCGAUGUAAAAUGUCCAACAUGUCGACGUAAAAUACCUUCCGAUCCAAAAGGUGUUGAUGGUCUGCCUCGAAAUUUGAUUUUGGAAAACGUAAUCGAACGAUUCAAGGAAGAGAGAAAAACUCCAGGUAGAUGCUCUGCUGAAUUUUCUGUUUUUCCUCGUUGAAAGAUUCCAUUAGCUAUCACGAAGAGCUGUAAGUUGUUUUAAGGUUUUAUCUGAGUUUUUCUCUUGUUUUAGGAUAAACAUAAUUGUCUUCGAUUUUGCACCCGUCACACUUCUGAUCAAAAUCAUAUGCAAUGUUCUUUAGUGACUACCUUUAAAUUAUUUUCUAUCAAUUCAAAAUUUCCUACAGUUAAAUACUUAUAAGAGCGUCUGCAAUACUCAUUUACUUCAGACUUUACCAUACAUUUGCUUAUUUUGAAUUAUCUAAAAACACGGAAUUUAAAUUAAACAUAUUCGAAAUAGAUUCUUGAGAGUUCUUUUCUGUAUUAACUAUUUAUAAGGGAGCGCCGAACUAUGUUUAUUUUGUUGAAACCUAAAAAUUAAUGAGCGUCGUAUAAGAUUUUAAAACACUUUUUAAUCUCUUUGUUUCAAAAUAAGCCAAAUUUAAUUUUAUUGGGAAUUAUUUAGUAUGGGUUCAUUUUCGCUCUCUAUAAUAAGGUAAUUGAUAAAUAUUUCAAUACUUUGUGAGUGAUGCGUUUUAAUAAAUUGAUACUCGUUCGUUCGCACGAUUGCCAGGUUCCUGACAAAAAUAAAUUGAAGUGGUUUUUGAGAGAAUUGACAGAAAAGCUGAAUGGGGUAUUUGUCUGUUACAUUCAAAGCUAAUUACGGCAGGGUGAUAGUGCAAAGCUGUAGCGUCUGUAUGUGGAGUAAUUAGUCGAUUUUUCAAAAAAACUUCUCAAAACCUACAUAAAGCAAAGCGGUCGUAGUGUCCAAACGUGACAUCUGUAAAUAAAUUGUGGAUCGACGAAUAAAGUCAACCAGCUUCCAGCGCGGGAAAAUUUUCGUUUUUGCCCCUGAUUGGCCAAGGAAAUUUGACGUAAUCAGCACUGAGUGCUGAAAAAAGCGCAUGACCACUUUUGGUGUGUUUUCAUUGGUAACACAAGAAAAUUGUCUCAUUAUAUUUCAUGUUUAUUUUAGGUCAAGCGCCGGAAGAACCUCUCCUGUGUCAAUUUUGCGAGGAUUACUCCCCCCAAAAAGCUACUUUGAUGUGCAACGAAUGUGCCUUUCUUUACUGUGGGACCUGUUUCGAUGCGUGCCAUCCCAGCAAGGGCCCUUUAGCAGAUCACACCAUCGGGCCCGCUGUAGCUAAGCCCCAAAAACGCCAAGAAAAGAGCAUGCAGUGUCAGCAACACAAAGAAGAGAAACUGGCGCUGUACUGCUUUGUUUGCAAGGAGCCAGUGUGCUAUUUGUGCAAAGAGUACGGCACCCACAAGGGACACAACAUGGAGCUGCUUGAGCCAGUAUUUAGAAACGCAAAGGUGAGAGCAGUACAUUACCUUCAGUUUCUUUUGCCAAUCGAUGCUUUUAGACACGAUAGCUUCUUUAUUAGUUACUUUGUAAUAUUUUUGAGCAAAAAAUUUAUUUUAGGAGGAACUGGCAAGAACAUUAGGCACACUGACAAGGAAGAAUUACCAUGUACAAAAGUCUCUUCAGACUUUAGAGGGGAUGUGCACUAUCGCUAAGGUAAGUUGUUGUUUGACGCGAAGGAAAGGCUUCAGCUCCCAAGUCAUGUCCCCUUUUUUUCAACUGUGCCCGAAGAGCUUCGGAAUCUAUCUAUCUGUGUAUCUUUCUAUCUAUCUAUCUAUCUAUCUAUCUAUCUAUCUAUCUAUCUUUCUAUCUGUCUGUCCGUCUGUCUCUCUGUCUGUCUGUCUGUCUGUCUGUCCGUCUGUCUCUCUGUCUAUCUGUCUAUCUGUCUGUCUGUCUGUCUAUCUAUCUAUCUGUCUAUCUAUCUAUUUACAGAAGAUUAAUAAUUGGCGAAAAAAAUGACAAUAGAGUAUAAAGUCUCCUUAGAAUUCCUAGACAAACGGUGGAAGGCCAAGAGAUGGCCGGCGGUACUCGAAGAGCUAACGACUGUGGGAAAGAGAUAUUGGAAAGUAAAGUCUUAGAUGAUCAUCAAGUAACGAUGGAACUAGAGUGAUAAAAAUUCGAAAAUACGUUUGUUUUACUCUUUUAAAUUUUAGAAGUCUGGUUGUGACGUUGAGGCCCAUGUGAAGAGGGAAUGCGACUCCUUGAUUGCUAUCGUGGAAAAAAAGAAAGCAGAGCUACUUAAAAGAGUUAGUGAUGAAUAUCAAGAUAAGCUAGGAGAGCUUAACGACGCCAUGCACCUGUGUGAACACGUCCUGUUGCAAGGUGACGGCUUGGCUGAGUUUACACAAGAAGCUUUGAAGGAGGAUAAUCCUGCAACAUUCCUUCAGGUAAGUGCGACUGUGUAUUCUGCUACUAGGAACUCCAGCUUUUACCAGGCAAAGAGUUAGUCGGAUUACACAAGGAACUCUGGAGAAAAAUAACACAGUCACAUCCUUUACAGGUAAAUAUUGACUUAUCCUCCAUUAAACAUUGAGCUAUAAAAAAGGAGCAAUUUUACAACGCUUCCUCGUUUAAUUUGAUCUUCGUUUUUGCAGACAGCCGACGCCCUGAAGACAAGGUAACUGAUUGAGCAUAUUUUCUGUACAAAGUUAAAUUAACCGACCAUUGAGCUUUAAGUUUAAGUCUGUACUUGAGCCGAGUGGCCCACCCAGCCAGAGCUUAUCCCGGUUUCCUUAGUAUGAGGUGACCAGGAGUACCAUUACUCCCCACCCCCCUCCCCCCCGAACCAGGAUGGAAUACCAGUCCAUCGCAAAGUUCCUCCCCAGCAUUCCAUCAGAUUUCUCUGACAGUUUAGUGGCACCUAUAUAUGUUCCUGGGUGGAGAGAAGCACUGUUAGAGCAAAGUUUUUUUCCCAAGAACACUACACAGUGACCUGGCCAGGCCUUAGGUUGCCUCGUCUCCCACACCUUUGAGCGUAAGAUCAGUAAAAAAGAAAGUCAAUACACCAUCGUAGCCGAGCCAACCUCGUUUCCAGGUUCUUUACUACUCUCUCGAGAAGUCAUCUUGAAACGUUUUCUUAAAAGCUCUUAAUAACCUCCCAAGUAAAUACCCAAAGCUCUCCUCUUAAUUUUAGGUUGAAUCUGAUGCUUGAGACAAUCAGAAAACUUCCACCUGCUUCCUCCAUCACGCCCACUUUUGAUCACAUGGCCGUCGACACUUCAUGGGAAAGAAAAGUGCUCAAGAAAGUCACGUGGCUUCAAAUACCAGGCAAGUGUUCUCUCAUGGGUGGGGAUGUGCUGCUUAUCGCAACAAUCUGCAUGUUAUUAUUUAAACUAAGACUGCACUUAAUUCUGUGGUGGAAACCUGAAUAUAAUUUUUGGAAAAAGUUCAUUAUCUGCUGUCGCGUACAUAUAUUAAUGUUAUCUGGAUGUCUUUUAUUAGUGCUCAAAAUGAUAAGUUUCCUUGCAAUUUGAACAAAUACGAAUGGGAUACAGAAAUUUUAAAAAAUGUAAAAAAUGAGCUAAAUUUGAAUCCACGGAAAUUGGUGGAGAAGACGUCUAUGGUCUUCUGGUAAAAGAAUUAGCUCUCAGAUCUUAGAGCGCUUGUCGACUGAGUGACGUAAAGCCAAAAUCAAAGUAAUCACAACGGCCAAUCAGAACAAAGAACGAGGUACAAAGAGCCAAUUAGAAAUCAAAGUAAAAAUAAGCAAGCUGAUUGGUGCGCGUGAAAACGCGAGUCAUCGCGCCGCGAUUUUCUUUAGAUUUGAAUUUGGUUGGUUGAGAUGAUGGCGCGAGUUUUUUCGGACCAAUUACAGAGCCAAUUAAAGCCAAAACAAAGCAGUCCCAGUCUACUUUCGCAACUCGGUUGAAAAUUGCUUCGAAAGUAAAGAUGAUCUGAACAUAAUUAUCGUUGUUAAUAUUUGUGAAAUUUUAACCUGCAGGUAGCCCUAAGUUUGUUUCCUCUCAAUGCAAAGCUACAAACCGGACAGUCCAGUUGGUGUGGAACGCGCCACCAAGCGCUGUAGACGCUUAUCAUCUGGAGGCCGAUAUCUAUUCACCUCCACAAGAUUCAAAUGAAAAGGGGCAUCAUGAAACUGUCAAGGUGUCUGUGGGGACCGCCUGCAGGUACAACCUUGAGUGUCUUUAUUACAAUGCAAGGGUCACCGCCAGGGUCCGGGCGUCGAACCGCGCUGGAGAAGGACCUUUCUGCCAGGAUGUAACGGUCUACACCGAGAAAGGUUAGACAAAUAUUUGUUUCUUUUUAUUGUCCCUUUUAGAGCUAUUUUCUACUGAGUUUCGUAAACGCAAACCCAAAAUAUCACAACACCCAUUUAGAGAAAGAAAAACGAUAUAUGGACCCCUAAGAUUUGAAGUCAAACUAAUGUAACCAGCGUCAUGCGCAGGUAAACGUGAGUGGCAAAUUAGGGAUUAGUUUAGGUUAUGAGUCUCACUGAUUGAGAUUUCAGAGAUAGGCGCAAACUUUGCUUUCCAAUCUCAAAGCAAGCGAGCCAAACCUCUUCAAUCCAAGAACAUUUUCUCACUUAAGUGAAAACUGGCUUAAAAAGAUAUGGCAAAGUUUUUAUUUCGUUAUCUUUGCCUUUAAACAGGGUUACAUUUCACUUUGAAUCCCGCUUCAUGUCCAAAACGCGAACUUGUUUUCUCACGUGAUUUACUCGUGGCCAAAUUGACGAGUCCAGUCAUCGCGAAUGUGAUGUCCCACGUGACGCUGGCAAACGGUUGUCACUACUGGAAAGUCAGGAUUGACCAGUUUUCUGGAACCGGUAAUAACGGGUUUGUGGCCGUGGGCGUGGCUAAGGAGUUGGACGAUGGAGGUGUUAUUGGUAAGAUGAUAAAAAAACGUUUUGCGUGUCGCAAAUGCUGUUAAGUUAAAAAUUGACUCAAAUGAAAUGGUAGGUUUUAAGCAAAGGAAGUACAUGAAUGACGUUUUACCCACCAAACAGUCGAUGAAAAUGAUCGAGGCUUUAAGUUAGGUUUCUUAUCUGCAAAAAGUUAACAAUAGUGAUGCGACAAUCAUAUCGAAAGUCAAAUUAUUUCAUUUCAAAUAGAAAUACAUCAAAGAUUUACAGUAGAUCUUUUAUACACCUUCUAUUUAUCUUUGCGAUAUACACGUAAUUUAAAAUAAUUCAGUAAAACUCCUCUUGAUGUCACCGAUCAUCUGACCAGAGCAUAUAUCAUCCUCUUCCACUUCAGGAUAAACGGGAACAAGUGCGGCUAUUUGACUGUUUUACUUGUGGGUAAUAGUUCUUGAACUGAUUAUACUUAACUUAUUUUUAUAAGGAAAUGACACAAACUCAUACGCUCUACAAAUCUACGAGAACAGUACUCUGUGGUGUGAAAAUACUCACAACAGACUUCAAAUCAAACAGAAGGCCAAGGAAAUAAAAGGAAGCAACGUGGCAGUGUUACUGGACUUGGAAAAUCAAAUGAUGAAUGUAUACUGGAACGGCAAGCUACAGACCGACGAUUCCCGUCCAGGGGGACCCUCUCUGAUGGGCGUGGUCGGACCUGUGAGGCCGACCUUUACUGUAUAUGGAAGUAUUGUGCAGCUGAGCUUACAGACUGGAGUGGAAAGACCAGCUGCAUACCCUGGUAAGAUAUCACUUGCGGUGGUCCACCCAUUAAGGGGGCGCUCUUUAGACUUCAAAAUGGUGCCCUCCUUUGAGGUGCCUCCUGAUAAAAGUGCCCUUUCGAUAGCGGUAAGGAACAUAACUACUCAUUGCGAACUUUUUCUGGUGGACAAAUAAUUGAGUCCCGUAUGGGGGUAUCUAGCGUUUAUGUUUCUGGCUUCAUAGACAUCUAUAAAAUAUUCUUACAGUGCUUUUGAGCUUUUUCAGAAAAUUUGUUUUAACCCGAUUAAAAUUAUACCGGUGAAUAUUCUUUUCCAGAACCUCCCGUUAUUCACCUCGAAGAGUGUAGCGUGGAGAACACCAGAAUCAACCUUGUGUGGUCUCCCCCAGAUAACUGCAACGUGGAUUGUUACAUCGUAGAGAUCGACACCCUAGAUCGGGAGGGAGACAUCCAUCAGGAGCGUAGCUUUACCAAAGUGUACCAGGGACCGCGCACCAAGCACACACUUAGGGGAUUGGACUAUAAUGUGACAGUCCUUGCGCGUGUCAAAGCCUUGAAUACCGCUGGCGAAAGUGAACCGAGCGAUGAAGUGUCACUAUCGACUGAAAAGGGUAAUUGGAAUUAAUUUCAUAUUUGUGUUUAGAUGCGGCCAUAAAAUCUCUUCAUCUGAGAUGAAUCUUCCUUCACUCCGUAAUUAAUAAGGGAAUGUGAGUAAAUAGGGCAGAAAAUUCUAAUAUGUGUAACGACUUCAGUGUUUCUUCAGUGAUCUAUUUGAGCUUCAGUUUGGGUUUGGAAAUAUAAACUUGUCGUAGAGAAAUAAUUUUAACAGCAACUCCUUCAUGGGUAGAUACAAAACAUUUAGGAGACGCUUUCCGUAUAGUGAUCUGUCAGCGAUGUUGAAACUAUUCUCUGUGAAGUACGAGAAAAAAGAAUGGUAAAAACUAAGCGGUUGAAUAGAGAAACCUUGCAAACGUUGAAAAUAAGAGUGUACAAAUUUGGGGUGAUUAGAACAUUGUGUCAUUUCUUCUCAGUAUCUUUGAACACAGCUACCUUAUUUUCAGGUGUUAUUUUCAAAUUGGACAAAGAAACUUUGCACGAAUCACUUCGCUUGUUUGCUGGAAAUGUGACAGUUAAACAGAACAACAUGGUUCACGGAAACGCGUUUGGUACAGCAUUCCUGGCCGAUGGCUGCCACUUCUGGACGAUUAAUAUUGACAGUUUUAAAGGGGAAAAUUCUUUCCUCGCUGUUGGUAAGUUACUUAGUGAUAAGCAUUAACAUUAUGUGAAAACCUCAGAGUUAGUUAAGUACUACAUAAUGGUAAUAGGACCAAGUGGAGUCCAAUUCUGCCUGUAAUCAUAUACGUGAUUAACAAAAUCGGACAACUGCGAAGCGGGAGUCCGAUUUGUUAAUCAUGAGUAUGAUUACAGACAGAAUUGGACGACAAGAAGUCCUGUUACCAAUUAAUCAUAACCAUUUCAAUUUCCGGGCAAAAACAAAUACACCUAUAAAAAAAUAUCUCCAGUGGAGACAAUGUCUUUAAUGAAAAAUUCCUCCAUUUUGGAAAUUCCCCAGUUUUUGUUUGGUUGGUUCUUUUGUAAGUGGUUGUUGCUAUGGUUAUUUUGAUCAUUUCUGUGAUUGGUGAAUUGGCUGAGUGGACUUAGUAUGAUUGGUUGCUUCAACUGUCUGAUUACAGGUGUCCGACUACAGCUAACUGUCCGAUUACACUGUCCAAUUACGACUGUACAGAACGAUUAGUGAAAAAUGAAGCUGCGAAUACACCAUUAAUAUUUGAGAAAUUUAUCAUGGUUAUCAUUAAGUCAGAAUUAAGAUUCAAUCAGCAGAUGCAAUUACGGAUCUUGGACAAAUUGCUAUUAAGCGUCAAAAGUAUCCGAAAUUUGAUUGCUUCUACUUCACUUCGCUCUCUGAUAUGUCUGGAAAAUCGUGUUAUCUUCCGAAACAAUCAAACGCAAAACUUAAAUUACUCGGGAUUUGGUAAUAGGUAGUUGACACAACGGGAAACGAUUGCCUAACCUGAUUGGUUGAUAUAUCAAUAUCUUACUUCUCAUUGGUUAAGGCAUAUUACAAGGACUACAGGGGUUGUCUGGACCGGUGUCUCUAGUCCUAAAGGUUAUCGAACGAAAGUCUAGAUACAAUUUUCUCUGUCAUAACUUCAAAAUUUUGUUUUUCAUUCGCAGGAGUUGCCAAAAGGAUUACCCAAGAUUCCAUUCUGGGGAACACAUCCGGAUCUUAUGCCCUACAAAUUUUCGAAGGCACAACAGCUCGAACUGAAAACGCCAAGCACAAGAUUCAAAUUAAACGAAAAGCGAAAGACCUGAAGGACAGCAGCCUUGGUGUUUUGAUGGACCUAAACAAUCAGUUUCUGAACAUAUACCUUGACGGGGAACUUCAGACAGACAUUGGUCGUCCAAAGGGUCCUAGUUUUAAGGGGUUGAGCGGAGAAUUCUGUGCGGCCCUGUGUCUGUAUGGGACCAAAGUGGAGGUGACCAUGGUAACAGGGAUAGCCACUCCUUCAGUUCCAGGUAAUCAGGGAUGGUCUCCCAAAGAGUCUCUGACUUAUAACUGUGCAGACUUUCGCCCUUCAGAAAAAGGGUAUCUACAUAAAUUAAGAGAAAGAAAAACCAACAAACACUUAGAGAAUUUUUAUGUCUGGAACAAUGUGUUCAGAAACGCUGCUCAUUUAGAUGAACAUUACAAAUACAUGCCGGGGUGACAAGCCAUUUGCGCUUUGUCAUCUAUCAGGAGCCCAUCAAGUGAAGGGCUCCUGCAUCUAUCAAAUGUUCGACUACCUCCACGUUAUGCUUCGACAAUUUGCAUACUGUCGUAAGGCUUCUUCUCAUUCUCUUCGCUAGCUAAGAUCUCUUAAUCGUCGAGGGUUUUCUAACCACAUACUACACUACUAGUUUCAAGAGUUUCUUCUGUGCACACAACCUGAACAAUGCGCUAUUCUUACAUGUAAAAUUGAAUGCAAUUUCCCCAGGGAUCUAUCCACACCCCCACCCCCUCCUCCACACUCAUAUCUCCCUAGAAAGGCUGAUAUUGGUGGGUGCCUUACUCAUUAGCAGGGUGACCAAUUCUUCAUUUUUGACUGAAUAUUGUGUCCUCUAGGGCCACCGAGCGAGCACUGAUUUUCACCAACCAUGGUUUUUCUCUCUCUUUAGACUCUCCGGCAUUCAACAAGGCCAGAUGUAAAGUAAACAACACAACCGUGUUACUUGGCUGGCUGGCUCCUGAAACGAAAUGUUGUGUUGAUUAUUAUGUUCUGGAAGUGGACAUGGUGAAAAGCUCCGAGUUUGCAACACGAAGAAAGAAAGAUCGCAAGUUUAAACGACUGUACGAGGGUGCCGCACGUGAAUAUGCGCUGUACAGCGUGCCUUACAGUGUAAAUAUCAUUGCGCGCGUGUUUUGCGCGAAUCCGACUGGUGAAGGAACUCCGAGUGAGGAACUCAUUCUUUCAACACCAACAGGUAGGUGUUGAGAAGCAACCUAGAGACGAUAAAUUAGUCAGUAAGUUGGACUGUAACAAAAUUGGUCCGUUAGUCUGUCAGUCGGCCAGAAACUCCGGCAGUCGGUCAGUUUGUCAGUCAGACAGUAAGACAGUCAGUCAGGCGUUUAGUCAGUCGGUCGGUCGGUCGGUCGGUCGGUCGGUCGGUCAGUCAGUAGAUCUGCCGGUCGAUCGGGAAAUUGUUUCUGAUGGAACCUCCAAGAACCAUUUAAUCGCCAGGGGGACGCAAAUAAAUCAUCCUACGUGGAAAGUGCGGAAAGUCUUCGUGGUUGGUCCGCUGAUUUCUUUUCCGCGGGACUGAAAUGAGUUUUUGAAAGAGGCUGAACUCGUGCGACAUCUCCUUUGACAAGAGUUGUCCUCGAAAACCUCUACCUAACUCGAAAUGUAUUCCUCCCAGGUUUGUACUUCCAACUGGAUCCAUCAUCAGCGAAUCACGACUUGGAACUGACCAAUGAAAAUUGUACUGUGAGUCUGAAAAGUCCCGUGUACACUUUCAUUCUGGGAAAUGUAAAGCUUUCCUCUGCUUGUCAUUAUUGGAGAGUUCAUGUGGAUGAAUUCAACUCUCACAACAAACUCUCCAUCAUCGGUAAGUGAAAAAAGAAUCUUUUCCUAGUACGUCACACAAUCUCGAGGAGAGGCUUGCGUGACAAAAAACAUAAGACCCCACUAAAAGACUUCUUUAUCCCAUCAUAGGUUUAAGCCAUAUCACGUCUACAGACCAGAAGGCUUUUGUGUCUUUUCUGGACUUAAUAUAUAUUAGAAAGUUUUGGAUUCCUCCUCCCUUUUCCCUGCCCCUUUACAGAUCAUAAUAGAGAACUUAAGCAGAGACGAUUUUUGACACGGGGAUAGAAGCAAGAAUUACAAACUUCUUUAAAUUAGGGUCUAGUGCAGAUCUUUAGUCUCUGCUGUUUAGAUUAAAAUCCAAAAGCAAGGUUUUUGCAGUAUAUUGGUUGCCAAAGAUGUCAAAGAGCGCGAGAAGAAGCUAAAUUCUCAUUUCGAUCGCUGUCCGCUUUUUAAAAACGUCUCUGUAUAAGUUCACUGAAGUCCAACAUCACAGCACAGGGAUCUUGUUCCCAUAGAGGUCUGCAUCAGAUCCCAUCGGCCUCAGUCCAUAUUUUCAUACAUUUAUAAACCUUCGACGUUAUCACUUAUAUUAUUUUCUAAACCGAUGCAUUUUCCAAUUGACAGGUGUGGGUGUCUCUCGAAAGGUUAUCGAGGACCCGAUCCUGGGCGAAGAUUCUGAUUCUUACGCCGUUCAAAUCAACGAACAUCCAAACGCUUCGUGUUCAAACACGAAGAACCGAGUGCAGAUCAAGAGAUCUUCAAAAGAACUUACCCACGCCAAUAUCGGCGUGCUGUUGAACUUAGAUGAUCACUUCUUGAAUCUGUAUCUAAACGGUAAGAGACUAUGCCAAAUGAGGGUAAUAAAAAAAUUGGAUCAAUGCCAGUUUCUGAGCAACUGCUCACCUCUCCUAACUUAACAUUAAUCCUAAUUUGUUAUCAGUUGAUUGUUGUUGGUUUAGAGAAGGGGUAGGUGCAUAAUUGCGUAGUUUACAAUGUGCAAAUCAGACUCAUUAGAAAAGAAUUUAGAGAAGGGGAACUGGAGGUGGCUUUUGCGAAGAAGCGUUAAUUUGUACAGAGUAGACACCCCCCCCAUCCACCCCCUCCCUUCCCCUUCUGUCGUUUUCAUCUUGGUGGAUGCUUUUUUUUUUGGGAAUGUGAGACUAUUUUUGCUUCGAGCUAUGUAAAAACUAGGGCUCUUUCCUUCAGAAGUAUAAAGCUAUUUUGUCGACCGCAUACUUGCUUGACAUUACAGUCGGUGUCCUAUGCCAGUGUCUUAAACCACUGAGUGAACCUUUGUUAAAACAAAUCAUAACUGUUUCGUAUCAUCGGGAGAUUUCUUCUCACGUAACUUGGCCAUCUUACAUGUAAUAACCAAACAAAAUCCGCAAUACGGAGAAAGAUGGCGUCGCACUCGGAGCACUGGGUAAAUGUACCGCUUUAGUCGAAGGUCAUGUAAACAAACAUGACCGCGGGUAGACAAAGUCGCGAUGUAAAGCUAGAUGAAUAUGACGUUCAUGGUGCCAUACUGAGCAAAGACGUCACUUUAACGCAAUCCGAUUGUGGCCACUUUACUUAAGAUACCACAAUAGAAAGAGUUAUUCAAAUCAAAAGUAAUAAUAAUUUCCGUUAAUUCUUCUUUCUUCUUAGGCAAACUACUAACGGAUCCAUCCAGACCAAAUGGGCCGACAUUUGUCGGUUUAUUGGGAGAGUUUUAUCCUGCGUUGAGUCUUUACGGAACAAAUGUUAAACUGACUGUUCACACCGGCGAGUCUUACGAUGAGUGA